CGGAUUCGCUGGCUUUGUCUUUGUUGUGCGUUCUUUGCUGUGUGUGUGGUUUUUGCUGACGCUCCGAUUCGCGCUCGUAUUUCUACCGUCUUCCGCUUCACAGGCUUGUUUGCCGCCUUCUAUUGUCGUCGACGCUGUCUCUGUGCUUUCCGAUGCGGUUUCUGCAACUGGAGGAAGUUUUCGGGGUUGAGAUCGGUGGAGUGUGGAGGUAGUUUGAAGGGUGGGUGCGAGGAAGGGAUUUUGAAAGAGGAGGGAUUUUGAAGAAGAAGAAGAGGAAGAGGGAGAGAGAGGAGGAGGAAGCGAGCGUGUAACUCUUCCCUGAGAGGCUUGGAUUGGGAAUGAGUGUGGAAUCCAAGACUGGCACGGAUGCACACGAGUUCGCUUUGCACCGGGUUGUUGUCAUCCCUCACGUGGUGUUUGCAGCUAGGAUGUCGGGAGGGGUCAAUGUGCUGUGGAAUGUUCCGCUCUUUGAGAUUUGAGUGACCCCUUACCUCGUCUGCCAGUGAGGCCGCAUGCAAAACAUUCCAUUCGUGUGGGGACGACGAAGCUCUACUGUUGGUUUCUGCGCUAUGCGUCGCUAGGUUUCCAGACGCCACUCUGUGCUCUCUCUCUUCAGGUUACUGGUUUCCCGGAAUGUCGCUACACUGCUCAUGUCCGUGGUGACCCCGUUGUCAUUCUUGGCUUGGCCUCUUUGCUACUGCGCGGGUGGGGCGCUCUAGACGGGAUGGAGUAGGGACGGCUCUUCUGCCUAGGACGUCAUCUCAAGCUUUCUGGUGGAGAUUGUGGGGGGCUUUCUUACAAUCUUGAGGGCUAUUUGAGAUUCUCUCGAGUCUUUGAGCUGCUGAAGGUUUGGGGAAGAACAGCUUAAAUACUUUCGUCCAAAUUUGUUGCCGUUGGUAGGAAUUUCGGUUAGAUUUUUUUUCAGACUUCGUCAGGAUUUUCAAGCUGGUUGGUUUGGGGACGCUUCAACCUGACUCUCCUAGUCCAUGAAGGAUUCUUCCCUACUCUCUGCGAGUUGUUCCUGAUUUUUUCUCGAUUCCCACACUUCUAGCCACUUGUGGCUCGUGAUCUCUCCUACAAAGGCUUCAUUUUGUGUGAAUUAGAAUGGAGUGUGGAGGUGCCUGUGGCAUUCACGUCUUUAUUCGUCAUCUGAGGUGCCUUCACUUUCCUCACAGUCUGCGAGUGGUGCGAUCUCCUCCAUACGGUUGAGGCACAUUUUCCCUGGCCACUAUCUCAGGCUUUAUUUUUGAGGAUCUCCUGAAAUUACUCGACUUAUCCUGACCAAGAAUAAUUUCCGUCUUCCGUCCCUCCCUAGUUGACCUUUUGCAUUGAGACCAGCUGCAGGAGAAGUUCACCUGCCAGCUUACAAUGCAAGAGUCUAGCCUAGAUAAUCCCAUGACUGUAUCAAGAUCCACCACCAACCCCCCUGGCCCUGAUUUGGCGCUUCACAUCAGCCCACCGAAUAGCAGCAGCGACACACGGCCUAGAACCUGUCUACCGCAGAAUGUUAACCAAGAUUUACCCGAGCAUGUCCAUGGCUUCGAUCUUUGGAGACAGUCUCCGAAACCUAUGAGCUCCUGCGCUGACAGUGAGAGCAAUGCCUCUAGCCCCAGAAUUGAGCGAUGUUCUUCCUACUUGGAUAAUGUGGGAGCAUCCACUGUACUGUGUCUGGCGAAUCCCCCACCCUCCGAUCCACCGUUUCUCAAACGAGCUCCAAAGGGUAUGACCCUUGGAAGCAUGGAAGAAGUGCAAAUGAACAUACAGGAAAAUCGAUAUCUGGGUAGUGACCAUGCCCAUCCUUUCUUGCUGGACAUGGACAGCAGGUCAGAGACGAAAUACACUGGCACAGAUGCAAACAGGACAUGCUCACCAUCUGAACGGGUGCGUCAGGACUUUCGGAGGAUGUUCACGGGCGAGAUCCAAGAUGAUUUCUCCAGGAGGUUGAAUGAGAAUUAUAUGGAUCACCUUCCUUUACAGCAGAGAGUGUUUCCGCCAGCUCCUUCGCCUUCUGUCAUUCACGAGCUUUCAUUGGGUAGGCUGAGCGAUCCUGUCGUGCCAUCGGGCGGUUUGUCCAGACCUGACUGUUUGAAAUUGGGGAACUAUCAUGUAGGUGAAAGGGAGCCUGGCCCAAGGUUCCCGAAUUUCUACGGUUAUGACGAUGAUAAUUCCCGUCGUGUUGAGAAGGGCGGCCCUGGCCAGCAAGCCUCGACAUUGCCUGGGAAUCCAUCAACUUUCUCUGGUAAUAUUAGGGAGGGCUACAGUGCUAAACAGGAGGGUAUUUAUGCGAACCUUGCUUUUCGUUCUCGCUUUCCGCUUAAGUCACCGUGCAAACGCUCGAUACGAGCUCCGAGGAUGAGGUGGACUACUGCCCUGCAUGCAUACUUUGUUCAAGCGGUGGAGCUCCUUGGUGGCCAUGAAAGAGCAACACCGAAAUCUGUUCUGGAGCUGAUGAACGUGAAAGACCUUACCCUGGCUCAUGUGAAGAGCCACUUACAGAUGUAUCGGACUGUGAAAACUUCCGACAAGUCAGGUCGUUCUCCAGGGCCCGGAGACUUGGUCCACUCACCGUCUCCUGAGGCAAGGUCACCAAGGGAAUCUCGGCUUAUGAGCGACAGCAUCUCCAAAACGAGUAAAAGCAUGUACAUGUCGAAUUCUGGUGUACACAACCUGGAACUGGGCAACUACCAUAAUUUGGGCGACGGUCAAGAUGCGACUGUGGCAAUGCAGAAGAAAGUCUGGCUCCCAGAAGCUCCUUCAAAAUACAGCCCAACUCAAAGAGGCUGCUGGAAGUUUGGGACUCUCAGCUGUUGAAGGUGAUACUGUUAUGGACAUUGCGAGUUAAAUACUAUGUGUCUGAGGUAGCUUUUUCUCGCGCAUAUCGUACAAAAAUAAUACUGCGUGCUACUCGAUUAUGUGAUAUCGAUUGAGAGUGAGGUACUACGUUUCAGUUAUACUGCUGUUUAUUAGGUAUAAUUAUGCAGGGUUAUGUAGCAAUUCCUAUCCAGUAGUCUGAACAUAUGUGCUAGAUUGUUUAGACUUUCUGUAUGGUUUGUAUCUACUUAAUUUACGUGUACCAUGUGCAAUGGGGCCCAUUGUUGGCAGCCAUGCUGCUUCUUGUGCUGCUGAAGUAAAGUAAAUGGUUUAUAACUUA